AUGCUAAAUAUGGCCUAUUACAAUGCCGGCAGUGAAUUAUGUUCGGGUAAUUUUAAAGAAUUGCUGAGUGAAAACUAUAUUGUUGACGAUUUGUCUGUAAUUCCUUUAGAAAAAGAUACUUUUGCGAUAUGUGAAUUGUGCGGUCGCGUCGGGAGAAGAGGUCAGUUUUACCCAAGAAACAACAAGUUCUGUUCAUUAAGAUGUCAUGCGAGCAGCACUAGAAAACGACAUUGCAAUUGGCGUUUCAAGUUAAUGGAAGGUGCAGAACAUAUGGCAGGCAUGAUUCCUCUCGAACCAUUGCCACAGUUGCAACAUUGGCAAGCUACAUACAGUGACUUGCAGGCUGGGCCGAUAAAGCAGUCUGCAGCUGCUCUAGCUAAUAGCUAUGAAUGGAAGGAUGAAUUAUUUGGCUGUGAAUUUCUCGCUGCCCCCGUCAGUUUAUUCAAACAUGCCCCGCUUCAUGAAAUGUGGGAUAAUACAUUUGAGGGCAUGAAAGUUGAAGUGAAGAAUAUGGAUAUAGAGAAUUACUCUGAGAAAUUAAAUGACUUCUUUUGGGUUGCAACUGUAUUAAAGGUCAAAGGGUACAUGGGUCUACUUAGGUAUGAAGGCUUUGGUAGUGAUGAUUCUAAAGAUUUUUGGGUAAACCUAUGCUGUUCGGAAGUGCAUCCAGUUGGAUGGUGUGCCACGAGAGGGAAGCCCCUUAUACCACCGAGAAGUAUAGAAGAUAAAUAUACAGAUUGGAAAAAGUUUCUCGUCAAACAAUUAACUGGUGCUCGUACAUUGCCUGCUAAUUUUUAUACGAAAUUGAAUGACAGUCUCGUGUCGAGAUUUUCGGUUGGUUCUGUUAUGGAAGUUGUGGAUAAGAACAGAAUUUCACAAGUAAAAGUUGCCAGUGUCUGUGAAAUAAUCGGCAAACGUUUACACGUAAAAUACUUCGAUAGUUCACCAGAAGACAACGGCUUCUGGUGUCACGAAGACUCACCGCUAAUACAUCCUGUUGGCUGGGCUUUUAGAGUGGGUCAUCCUUUAGACGCACCGCAGAAUUACUGCCAGCGAGUGGCAUCCGGAAGAUUAUUUCCCAAUGACUCUACUAUAGACAUGUUUUACAAGUAUCCAACAAACGAGCCGCCAUUAUUCGCUGAAGGAAUGAAGUUAGAAGCAAUAGACCCACUUAAUUUAUCUGCAGUAUGUGCUGCUACUGUUAUGCAGAUAUUGAACGAAGGAUAUAUGAUGAUAAGGAUUGACUGCUAUCCGGCUGAUGCCUCUGGCGCAGACUGGUUCUGCUACCACCAACGGUCUCCCUGUAUAUUUCCAGUCGGUUUCGCACUGGCUAAUAACAUCCCAUUGGUGCCUCCUAUAGGAUUUACAGCAGAGGAGUUCAGUUGGGAGGAGUAUUUAAAUACGACUGGCGCCCGCGCAGCGAGUAGGACAGUGUUUGCUGCGCGUGGGCACGUCGUGUCGCACGGUUUUGUCGCAGGCAUGAGACUUGAGUGCGCUGAUCUUAUGGACCCGCGUCUCGUCUGCGUAGCCACUGUCGCCAGAGUUGUUGCGGACCUUCUUAAGGUACACUUUGACGGGUGGGGCGGAGAGUACGAUCAGUGGCUGUGGGCUCAUAGCACUGAUGUUUAUCCAGUUGGCUGGUGUCGCGCGGUGGGACACCGGCUCGAAGGACCAUUGCAGCCACCGCCACGGGCUACUAGAAAACCACAAUCGAAACCGAAUAGACGUAGACGAAAACAAGUGACAAAAGUAGCACCCCAACCCCCCAACACAACAGAGGAAAGCUCUCAGAACUCCGACAUGUGCGAUGCUAAGAGCAUUUCUGAUGCUGCAGACACCAAAAGUCUAUCACCACCAACCAGUGUGUCCGAAGUAUCUCAGGAAACUCGAACCGAAGAACAGCCAGUGAAAAUGGACGUCGACUCUGAUGUCAAGGUGGAAAAACAAGAGGCUAUUGAUGAACUUGCUGCGAAAAUGGAAGCUGAUGAAGAGGUAAAACCUCCAGUCGACUCAAUUAAAAAAGAGGAGAUGGUUAACAAAAUAGAAACAUUACCCGUUCCAAUUAAGAGUCCCGAGGUUCCAGUUAGUGACGAUAAAAUCAUACCCAGAUUGGUCAACACCUCAGUGCCACUCGACAUCCUGAAUUCAGUCGAUCCAGAGAACUGGACAACGGCUGAUGUAGCCAAAUUCCUCACAGUGAACGACUGUCAGCCGUACUGUGUCAACUUUAGUCAAAUUAAUGGUCCCAUGAUGCUGCAACUAUCAAAGGAUGAGAUCAUAGAGCUCCUAGAGAUGAAAGUCGGUCCGUCUCUCAAAAUAUUCGACCUCAUUCAGCAGCUGAAGUGCAAAAUUAAACAGCCCCAGUGCAGACUUAUCGGCGGCUUCAAGUAG